ACUCGGGCUGAAGCUGCACUGUGGUCAGUGGUCACCGGAGCUGUACUUUCAGGUCCCGCGAGCCUUUUCUCUGGUAUUGUUGCUCUUGUCGCCGCUCCCGCUGCCGCAUCUGGCUUUUCGGAAUCACGAUGUGCUUCCGGCUCUCCCCAGUUCCGAGCUCGGGGCUCGUUCUUCUCUGCCUCCUCCUUGGAGCUGUCCCAUCCUAUGAAUUGGAAUUUGAUUUGAAAAAUUCAGAAAAUGCCACUUGCCUUUAUGCAAAGUGGCAGAUGGAUUUCACAGUACAUUAUGAAACAACAAACAGAACUUCUAAAUCUGUAACCAUUUCAAACUUUACCAAUGUGACAUUUAAUGGAAGCAAAUGUAGGGAUGAGCAGAAUCAUUCCCAAAUUGCAGUACAGUUUGGAUCCGGUUUCUCUUGGAUUGUGAAUUUUACCAUGGAGGCACCUUAUUAUCUGAUUGGUGGGAUCUCAUUUACCUACAACAUGAGUGAUGCUACAACAUUUCCUGAUGCUGCAAAGAAAGGAAGUGUUACUGUUAUUUCCCCUGCGACAAUCAAAAUUCCACUGAAUGACAUCUUUAGAUGCAAUAGUUCAUUAACUCUAGAUGCUGAUAAAGUUGACCAGAAAUAUUGGAAUGUUCUUGUACAACCUUUUGUCGAAAAUGGCACAGUGAGCAAAAAAGAAUUUGUAUGUGAUAAAGAUAAAAUUUCUACAACAAUAACACCCAUUGUUCAUACCACCGUGCCAUCUCCUACUGCAACACCUACUCCAAAGAAAAACCCAGCAGUGGGAAACUAUUCCAUUACUAAUGGCAAUGGCACUUGUCUACUGGCUACCAUGGGGCUGCAACUGAACAUCACUCAAGAAAAGGUUCCUGUCAUUAUUAAUAUCAACCCCAAUAUAACUAACGUCACUGGCAGUUGUCAUCCUCAAACAGCUCAGCUUAGACUGAACAACAACAUCAUUAAGUAUCUUGACUUUGUCUUUGCCAUGAAAAAUGGAAACCGAUUCUAUCUGAAGGAAGUGAAUGCCAGCAUAUUGACUAAUGGCUCUGUUUUCAGCGUCACAAACAACAACCUUAGCUACUGGGAUGCCCCGUUGGGAAGUUCUUAUAUGUGCAACAAAGAGCAGAUUGUGUCAGUGUCUGAAAAAUUUCAGAUAAAUACCUUUAAUCUCAGGGUCCAGCCUUUCAAUGUGAAGGAAGGAAAGUAUUCUACAGCCCAGGAGUGUUCGCUGGAUGAUGACACCAUUCUAAUACCAAUUAUAGUUGGUGCUGGUCUUUCAGGCUUGAUUAUCGUUAUAGUGAUUGCUUACCUAAUUGGCAGAAGAAAAAGCUAUGCUGGAUAUCAGACUCUGUAACACUAAUCCAUUCAUGAUCUCUGUUACAAAAAAUAAAGCAAGUACAAGUACAAACAUGCAAUAAUGUUCAAUUUAAGGUACAUUUAAUUUCAGUUUUGCUCUUAGAAUGGGUGGUAUGGAGAUUUCAAACCAUCACAAACAAAAUUAAAACUAUAAACUGCAAAUUAGACCUGAUUUUGGGGUUUCCAACCAUGAAACUCAACACGGUUAUUUCUAUCACAAAAGACAUGUGCAAAAUUACCUAGAUUAUAAGUUCAGUUUUACUUUCUUCAGUAUUUAGUAUUUAGCGUUUUGUCUUCACCUGUAUGUUCUGACUAGAAAUGCACAGGAAAAAUUAUGUUUGUGCAUGUGUGCUAGUACUAGGCUUUUAGUUCUAUGGCUUUUUUUACUCAUGGCUGAGAGCUCUACUAAUUGAGCCACACUUCCAAUCUGGCAUUGUUCUGAUUAAUUGGAAGAAAGUCUUACCAACGUUUCUGCCAGAGCUUCCUUUGAACUGUAAGUCUUACAUCCCAGCCUCCUGAGUAGGUAGAAUUGCAGAAGUGAGCCACCAGUAGUCAGCCAACAAAACAAUUAAAAAAGUUUUUUCCCUGCAUGAGAUUGAAUUGGGACAAUAUAUUCUACAAUGGGUUUGUACUUGUUCUCUUUGCACUUUUUUGUGAUUUUGUUUGCAGGUUAAUUUAGCUACUUUACCUUGCUGCAUAUUUGAUCUAGGAAAGAGAAGCUAGUAGAUUUGUUUAGAGCCUAAUAAGUCAUAGUAUGUUCUUCCUAAUGAAUUCCUUUCUCAUGUGUUUUGAAUACAUUUGUUUUUAAUGUGGCUGUAACAAGAAAAGAUAAAAAGUUUAUUUUAAGUUUAGAAUAAAUGUUUAAUUUACUAUUUAAUUUGCUUUUUUAAAAAAUUGGAUAUUUCAAUCUUUUAAAUUACUAGCUACAAGGCUAUUCCUACUAGGCAUUUCAAUCUAUACUUUAGGUGCUUUUGAGAUAAUUGCUAGACAGUGCCAAUGCAGAGCAUUAUUCUUUUGUGCCUGUAUAUUGGCCUCCGUAUAUAAUAAUAAAAUUAAUGUAGCUUUCUCUUUAACCUUCCAGUCUUCCUUGUUGGCGGUAAUGUAUUUUUUCUCUUCUUUUUCUUAAAGAAGAAAUGUUAGUAUACCCAAGGACCUAGAUAAAGAAGUGCACUUACACUCAGAAAAUAAUUUGCACCUAAUUUGAAAGUCUUGGUCUUCCCUUUAGUCCAUUAAAAUAUUAUUCAUUUCUAGUUUGCAUUGAUUGCUACAGCAUUUACUAAUUUGCCGUUCACAUUUAAAUGGUACUGUGCUAAUCAAAACUUACUCUGUUAUUGUUCAUUAUAGUAGAGGCAUUAUUAAUUCAUGUAUUUUGUAUUCAAUUUGGUACUCAGAGAGAUGCACCAGUUGUCCAUUUACUGAGCGUGCAACCCCUAAUGCUUAUAUAAAAAAGAAAAUGCUUCAGCUUGAUAGCACAGGAAGUAUUCCUUGUAGCUACUGGGAGAUCUUUUACAUGCAUAUAUAUUUACACACACAUAUAUCCAUACACAUAUAUGCACAUAUUAUAUAUGUAUACACAUACAGGUACAGCUGAGCAAACAAAAAAUAUUAGCAUUCAGCUAUACAUGGCAGGUUCUUAUGGUUAUUUGAGGAGGACAGAUUACAUGCCUCACAUUUACCUGAAAAUGAGGAACUAUCUGGGUUCCAAAGCUUUGGUAUUGGUUGAAUGCAUCAGUACACACAUACACAUAUGAUAUGCACACAUUCAUAGGAGAUUGCGUGCUAGGCUAUGUAUGUCUGUAACUGUCUUUGAGUUAUAAUGGAAUAAGUAAUAUUUUCUUCACUGAAAUUUGCUGUCUCUAGCUUAAAAACUUAUUGUUCUAGACUGUAUUCUUCACUGACUUUCUCCUAGAGCUUCACAGAGCUGCAUCAAUAGAUUCAAAACAUUUCUUAGAAACCAAAUUUAAAUCUGGAUUUAAAAAAUUACUUUCAUUUAAACUGUGUUUUAGCAUACAAUUACUAAUCUUAUAAGGAUUGAUUAAGCUUUUAUGAACAUUGGCCUUACAUAUUUUUCAUGAAUCAAAACAAAGUAGCUUUUUUCUUUGAAGAAAUAUUAGAACUGUAAAUGACUGCAUUGACUUAAGGCUGUUAAUGUUUCUAGAAGUUUCUACAUUUAGAUUAUAAAUCUGAUUGAUAUUAAAGUACUAUCAAGCACUGUUUUAUAGAAAAAUAUGACUUGAGUGAAUAUUUUUGUAUUUUACAUGGGCCAGUUUAUAUACUACUAUUUACACGAUUAUUUCCUAUAACUGUUUGUUCUUUGUACCUUUUGUACAGUUUUGGUUUUAUUUUACUGAAUUCACACCUUAAUGGUAAUGCUCUAUUUGAUUUCAGGUCUUUUUCAUGUUUUAGCAUUUGUAUGAAGUAACUGGUCCAUGUAAAUAUCUUUCAUGUUUUUUUUCCCUCAAAUGUUUAAGCUACUAGUUGAUGUAUGGUCUCUCUUUUUAGAUAUUUGCCUGUCUUGUUUGCUCAACAUUGCUUCUAAAACAAUAAAGAUUCUUGUAUUUCUUAAGGAAA